AUGGAACACCCCAAUGAUGAACACAGAACCACGGUGGCCCGGGCCAAGGUGGUGGAGGACUGGACUCGUGACGGUGGGGUGCUGCUAAUGGGGUACGAGAUGUACCGCCUACUGUCUCUCAAAAAGAGCUUUGUGACCGGCCGCAAGAGGAAGACCAAGAAACCCGCGGGACCUGUAAUUAUCGACCUGGAUGAGGAGGACCGUCAGCAGGAGCUCAUGAAAGGGAUUGAAAGAGCGCUGUCGCGACCCGGUCCGGAUGUCGUCAUAUGUGAUGAGGGCCACCGUAUCAAAAACUGCCACGCCAGCACCUCGCAGGCCCUGAAGAACAUCCGGUCGCGGCGGCGGGUGGUUCUGACCGGAUACCCGCUGCAAAAUAACCUGACCGAGUACUGGUGCAUGGUGGAUUUCGUCCGGCCCGAUUUCCUCGGGACGCGGCAGGAGUUCAGUAACAUGUUUGAGCGGCCCAUUCUGAACGGCCAGUGUAUAGACAGCACGCCGCAGGACGUCCAGCUCAUGAGAUACAGGAGUCACGUCCUGCACAGUCUGCUGGAGGGCUUCGUGCAAAGACGAGGUCAUGAUGUUCUCCGCAAUCAGCUGCCAGCGAAAGAGGAGCACGUGAUCCUGGUACGACUGUCUCGCCUGCAGAGGGCGCUCUAUACGGAGUUCAUGAACCGCUUCAGGGAGGCAGGAAACACCGGAUGGCUUGGACUCAACCCGCUUAAAGCUUUCUGUGUUUGCUGCAAGAUCUGGAAUCAUCCGGACGUUUUGUACGAAACUCUGCAGAAGGAAAAUCUGGCCAAUGAGCAGGAUCUUGACCUGGAUGACCUCAACUCCACCAGCGGGACCCGCUGCUCUGCACCAGGAAUAAAGGGCAAGUCAUCCGACCCAGCCAACAGCAAGAUGGCUGCUAUGGGACCCCUGAACCCCUUACAGGAGAGGGCCAACCAAGUCAUCACAUAUGAAUGGGCAAAAGACAUCAUGACCAACUACCAGACGGGUGUUCUGGAGAACUCGGCCAAGAUGGUUCUGCUUUUCCACCUAAUUGAUGACAGUGUCAAAAGAGGAGAUAAAAUACUUGUUUUCAGUCAGAGUCUAUCAACGCUCACGGUUAUGGAAGAAUUCCUGAGUCGGAGGCCCAUGCCAAUCCAAACAGAAACUGGGACACACAACUGGGUCCGGAAUGUCAAUUACUACAGGUUGGAUGGGAGCACAUCGGCUUCAGAGAGAGAAAGACUCAUCAACCAGUUUAAUGACCCGGCGAACAACCAAACCUGGGUCUUCCUGCUGUCCACCAGGGCUGGUUGUUUGGGGGUGAAUCUGAUCGGUGCGAAUCGCGUGGUGGUUUUCGACGCAUCGUGGAAUCCAUGUCACGAUGCUCAGGCUGUCUGUCGCGUGUAUCGCUAUGGCCAGCGCAAGCCUUGCCACAUCUAUAGGCUGGUGUGUGACUUCACACUGGAGAAGAAGAUCUACGACCGGCAGGUGUCCAAGCAGGGCAUGUCUGAUCGAGUCGUGGAUGAUUUGAACCCUGUCCUCACCUUCACACGGAAGGAAGUGGAUUCACUGUUGCACUUUGUAGAGGAGGAGCCUGGUCCCAGCCAAUCAGAGCAGGUCCCUAGUGAGGACAUAGAAAUCGUCAUUAAACAAGCCUGCCUGUUAUAUCCACACCUCUUAACCAAGCAACCGUUCCAUCACGAGUCUCUCCUGAUGGACCGCAAGGAUUCGAAACUGACCAAAGCGGAAAAGAGAGCAGCCAAGAAAAGCUAUGAAGACGAGAAGCGGGCGUCUGUGCCAUAUCAGCGGCCCUCUUACGCACAUUACUACCCAGCUAGUGACCAGAGACUCACCAAUAUUCCCGCCUUCAGCCAGAGGAACUGGCGGCCCCCUCCUCAUUUAGAAGAGAAACCAGUUGCGAGUGUGAGGCCAGUUCAGUCCACACCCAUUCCCAUGAUGCCCCGACAGGUACCCAUGAGUGUCCCCAGUUCAAGCGCGGGAUUCCCCGUCAACUACCUGCAAAAGGCUGGCGUUUACGUGCAGCGCAUCGUCACCACCACUGAUAUUGUGAUCCCAGGUUCAAACAGCAGCACGGAUGUCCAAGCCCGGAUCGGUGCAGGAGAGAGUAUUCACGUUAUCAGAGGAUCCAAAGGCACAUACAUCAGGACCAACGAUGGGAGGAUAUUUGCCAUCCGUUCUGGAAAAUCAAGACCACCCGAAGGAGGAGCCACAGCUUCAAGAGAGGAAUUGGGCUCUCCCUUGCAUUCUGUCAGUAAUGGUCGUGCAUCUCCUCAGGAGCCGAAACGUUUAACCCCUGAGGCUCCGCCUCACCCUUCGCCCCAAGACAGCCCCAAGCUGCUCCGAGAAUUCCAGAGCAACAAGGACCCGGUUCCUGUGGGAGAGAACUUACCAUCUUUAGCAACACCCGAAACCUUGGGAGCAGAUAGAUCCAUCCAGAACCCAGUUCGCAUCCCUGACCAACACCGGCAGCUCAGCAAUGACACUGCAUCGUCUGUGGAUGUUCAAAGUUUGAAACGUAAGCUUACGGAAAGUCGGACAUCCAAACAGCCUAGCACCAAACGGACCUCAACGUCAACCAGUGCAGUCGGGAGUUACUCUGGGUUUCCUUUAAGCCCCGGGUUUGGGUUCCCACCUAUGGGGCUGAACCCUGCCUUGUUGGGUGCCCUGGGUCACAUGACUCCCCCCUCUCUUGGAAGCAGGUCGCACCUCCUACAGCAAGCUGGUCAGGCUCUGGGUGACCUUCAUGCCAUGUUUCCCACUGACCCACUCGGACUUGGUGUGUCCAACAGCACUCUUUCCUCGACCUGCUCGACCAACACCACAUCCUCCACCCAUGUUGGAAUGCUGGCCUCUUCUUCAUCCUCUGUGCCCUCUUCAUCAUCGUCCUCCACUUCAUCUUCGCUCCCACCCUUCUUCAUGAACCCCAGCAUGGCAAGCAUGCUCUCCGGCUUCCCAGUACCAUUUUCCCAGCCGCUGUUCCGGGAUUCCCUACUACCUAGAGGCCUGUCCUCUAUGCCAACCCCUGCCUCCACUGCCUCCAAUUUUCUCUCUUCCUCCAGGCUUUUGGGGGCAGCGUUCAACCGCCCCAACACUUACCCCUCACUCACAGAAAACGGCGGGAGCAGCUCGGAUGACGAUGUCAUAGAGGUGAUGGGCCAGUGAUCGCAGUGAUUGGCUGCCUUGGAUUCCGUUGUUCCAAAUAGAAGAAUCAGAUUGAAUGGAGCUGAAAUUAUGUAAAUCCAAAUGCUGAAUAUGCAUGGGGUUAAGAAAGGCGAUAUAUAUUUUUCUUUACCAUAAGGGACCAGAGCACAGGGCUAACUUGAAGAGCCCUAGUCGUAUCUCUCUCGCAAAGGGUCAGGACACAGACCUGACAAAUUCCCUCGGAGUGAAUGCUAAUCCGAACUUAAAUGUAAUUGUCUUUACAGACUGUUUGCAUUCAUAAGAGAUGACUUUAGAGAUACUUAGCCGUUUGCUAGACCUUGUAGCAUCACCUGGAAUGAUAAACGAGAAAAACAUGUGUGACCUUUUUUAUUAUAAUUGUAAGUACUACUAUUACUUUUGUAUACGGUGGUCCUACAUGAAUAUUAAUAUUCGUUUCAAAUCGCAGACUGGGCAGCGGGGGGAAUUCGUAACAGUCGAAUCGCAAAGCAACAGAAGCCAUGCCAAGCGUUAGCACCGCCGAGACCUUUUUGCUUUCCUUCG